AUGGGAACUAGAAAACCUUUGGAUGAGGAUUAUAUAGACAUUGAUGACACCUAUGAUGAGCAACAAGACGAAGCGGCCACUGGAGGCUAUUCUUGGGAAGAAGAAUAUAAGAGAAGUUGGGAUGUACUCCAGGAAGAUGCCGAAGGAAACCUAAGUAGUGUCGUUUCUCAAUUACAACAACAAAGAAAGCGCAGAAGUAGAUUACUAAAGGACACUGAUGUGAUUCAGAGAGGUAUCAUUCGACACUUGUUCAUCAUUCUUGAUCUAUCUGAAGCCAUGAACGAAAAAGAUCUUCGUCCUAGUCGGGUCGAGUUGACCUUGACCUACGCGCAGCAAUUCGUCGUUGAAUUUUUUGAUCAGAACCCGAUAUCUCAAAUGGGCAUCAUCAUCACUCGAGAUGGUAUUGCCGAAAAGUUAACAGAGCUCAGUGGUAAUCCGACGGACCAUAUGAAGGCAUUGAAAUCCAAAAAGAAUACAGAAACAAGUGGUGAACCUUCGCUGCAGAAUGCGUUACAAUUGGCAAGAGUGAGUAUGAUGGGUGUGCCUAGUCAUGGAUCAAAAGAAGUGCUCUUGAUCUUUGGGUCACUCACGACCUGUGAUCCGUCGGAUAUACACGAUACCAUUGAUUUACUAAGAAAGGAUAUGGUCAGAGUGAACGUGGUAGGAUUGGCUGCGGAAGUACAGAUUUGUAGAACACUCAGUGAGAGAACAAAAGGAACCUAUGGUGUCGUAUUGAAUGAAGCACAUUAUAAAGACUUGUUAUUUGAAGUUGUGCCACCACCAGCCAUGUUUGAAAACAAGAAUACAUCUAAUUUGAUUCGAAUGGGAUUUCCUAAGCGAUUGAAUGAGGACCAUGCUACGUUUUGUGUUUGUCAUUCAAAGCUAACAGUAGGGGGUUAUGUCUGUCCUCAAUGUAAAUCCAAAGUAUGUGAACUACCAAGUGAUUGUGACAUAUGCGGAUUGACACUGGUCUCUUCACCUCAUUUGGCACGGUCGUAUCACCACUUAUUUCCAGUAGAUAACUUUGACGAGAUGAAAGCCAAUAGUGGGCACGCAAGCCAUUGUUAUUCAUGCUUGGUUCCAUUUGAUAAAUCAGAAGUAUCUGUUGGAACUAAUCGGUUCUCUUGUCCGAAAUGUAAGCAGGAAUUCUGUACCGAGUGUGACAUCUUUGUUCAUGAAGUAUUACACAACUGCCCUGGUUGCUGGAGUGUAGGAAAAUAG